UGAAAAAGCGAAGAAAAACGUAAGCUUUAUAGGGGUUAAGUUUAAAAGGAAUCGAAAAAAUUUGAAAAUUAGCAAAAGAGACGACUCGACUGCGUUGCCAUUCAAAAAUGGCACCCUUCAAGCGGGCGCGGCAGCCAAAGAUAUCAACGCAGGCCCUGCUCGACUUGGAUCUGGGCGAGAGCUCAUCGGACAGCGACUUUUGCCCAGACAUCGAUGGCUGCAAGGACGAGAGCGACGGGGAGGGUGACAGCAGCGAUGCCAGCAGCAGCGAGUCGGACUCCAAUGCGGAUGACUCCGAGGCGGAGAGUGAUGAUUCCACGCUGCAGCUGCAGCAGUUGCUGGCGGAUAGUGAGGUCCAAGCGGCGCCACUGCAAAAUGGCAUCAAUGGAGGCGAUUACGGGCCACCAGUGGCUGGCGGUGCUGCGACCAUAUCGAUACGUUCGGUGCAGCUGUCCAGCGCGCCGGCGAAGCGUAUGUGCUGCGUGUGUCUGGGUGAGCGCAGUGACGAUGUCAACGAGAUUGUCGAGUGCGAUGCGUGUGGCGUGUCCGUGCACGAAGGCUGCUACGGCGUCAGCGACAACGUGAGCAUCUCCAGCACAAACUCCACUUGCUCCACGGAGCCUUGGUUCUGUGAGGCUUGCCGCGCGGGCGUCUCCGAGCCGGACUGCGAGCUGUGCCCGAACAAGGGCGGCAUCUACAAGGAGACGGACGUGGGCAAGUGGGUGCACCUGAUCUGCGCGCUGUAUGUGCCCGGUGUGGCAUUCGGUGAGGUGGAGCAGCUCUCCUCGGUCACACUCUUCGAGAUGCAGUACAGCAAGUGGGGCGCCAAAGUGUGCUCCCUUUGUGAGAACUCUCUCUUCGCACGGACCGGCGUGUGCAUUGGCUGCGAUGCGGGCAUGUGCAAGACUUACUUCCAUGUGACGUGCGCACAGGUGGCGGGUUUCCUCAUCGAAGCCCAUCACGAGGAUGAUGCAGCGGAUCCGUUUUAUGCGCACUGCAAGGUGCAUUCGGAGAAGGAAAUGAUCAAAAAGCGACGACGGAAUUAUCACACGCUGCGCCUCAACAUGCUGCAGAAGGCCAAGGAGAAGGAGCAGCAGCAGCAGCAGCCCGUGGAUGAGCCCAACACGAAUCCCGCACAGGCGAGGAUACAGCGGAAGUUGCUCAAGAUCCAACUGAAGUACGCGCAGCACAAGGAACUCAAGCCAGCGCCUUGGGUGCCCACGCAGAAGAUGUCGCGACUGCUAACCACUUCGGCCUCUGCCUGCCGCCGGCUGCUGGCCAAGGCCGAGAUCAUGUCCGUCGAUGUGCAGCACAUGGAGCAGCGCGAGGCGCACAUCAAUGCGCUGACAGACAUCCGAAAGAAGUGGCACAUAACGCCUGCGUUUAGCGUGGAGUUUACGGCCUACUACAUGGAUCGCAUUGUGCGCAUGGAGGACUUCCGACAGCAGCAGCAGCAACUCAUCAGCCACAAUGCCAUUCUGUCCAAGGAUCAGGACAGUCUGCGCGCGCAGUACGACUCCUCGCUGGAGGAGCGCAAGGCGGAGAAGGCCCAGCGGGACACGCUGCUGGCCACAAUACGCACGCUGCAUGGGAAUCUGUCGCAUGUGGCACCCUCCGUUACGCUGCCCAAUGUGGAGUUGAUUGCUCGGCCGCUGCCUGAAGCGCCGGCCAAGACCAGCACGCCCACGCCGCCACAGCGUCCCAUCUCCGUGCCCACAGCAGCAGCGCUCAAAAUGGGCGUGGGCUUCCCGCUCGCACACCUCGGCCCACCCGGCACCAAGUUGGACUCCUCGCGGAUGCUCAGCACCCAGGCAAAGCAGGGACGAGGCAGCGGCACACCCGCCAUAGCGCCUGCCAUGGCCUGCGGCAUUUGCAAGCGAAACAACGAUCAACAUUUGCUGGUCAAGUGCGACACCUGCAAUCUGCACUACCAUUUGGGUUGCCUCAACCCGCCGCUCACCCGUCCGCCCAAGAAAUCCAAGCAGUAUGGCUGGCAGUGCUCCGAGUGCUGCGACAAGUCGGAUGGUUCGGACGCCGUCACAGAGAUCUCCUCGGGUCCGCGCAAGUCUCGCACGCGCUUCAACAAGGAUGGCAGCUUGGUGUACGUGGAUCGCUAUUCCCUGGACGAUGUGCCGGCACCAGCGACAGCGUUUGCAAGGGAAAUGUCCGCCAAGCGAGCGCUGAACAAAUCCCUGCCAGUGGCUGUGGGUCCGGAGCUCUACGUGGAUCUGACAAUGUCGCCGAAACGACCGAGGCAGCAGUCGCCGCGGAAAACUCCAAUAAAUGUGCCCGUGGCUUCCACUUCUGCCGCCGCUUCCACUGCGCUAGCUCUGGUCACACCCAUCACAACGCUGCUGUCCGGCUGCGAGGACUCCGUGGACGAGCUAAGCGGCAAACUAUCGCGCAAGGGCAAGCGCAAGGACAAGCAUAAAAACAAGCACAAUCUCUCCUCGGACACGGAAAAGUCCUUCAGCAAGGAGCACAAGCGAAAGCGAAAAAAGCGGGCUCAUCUGAACGAGAAUCCGGCCAAUGCCGCGCGAAACACCAUCAAAAUUAUACUGAAAACGAUGCGACUGCCCGGGGAGGAUGCGCCUGAAUCUCAGUAUUUCUAUGUGCCCGCCAAUGCAGUGCGCUCCGUGGAUGAGGCAUCGCGGCCAACGUCCGUGGAGACAGUCGAGGAUAUUGUGGCGCCGCGAGAGGAGAUCCUUGUGCCCGUUGUGAUGCCCGCUGUGGCGUUGUCCCCGCAAAAACUAAAGGACAGCAAGGAAACACCAGCAGUAGUAGCAGCAGCAGCAGUGACAACCCCACCCGAGAAUCCAUCGCCCAAGCGGAAGGUUAGUCCACGGAAGGCAACGCCUCGCGUGGGCCGCCCGCGGGUGUCCAACCCCAAGCCCGUGGUGGAGAUCAACUGCUGCGUGUGCACCAAAACUGGUAAAACCAAUCAAGUGGUAACCUGCGACGAGUGCCACAAGCAUUAUCACUUUGCCUGCCUCGAUCCGCCGCUGAAAAAGUCGCCGAAAAUUCGCGGCUAUUCCUGGCACUGUGCGGACUGUGAUCCCACGGAUGACGAUGCACUGCCAAAAAAAUAGAAUCUGAUGUUAGUUUUAGGUUUAUUUAGGUCUUUAUACAAUUUUUCAAUUCA